AUGAGACAAUUAUUUUUGACUAUUCCAGAUCUGGUAGCUCUGGAAGACUUUGCAACGGGGGCUAUGGAAAACUGGGGUUUAAUUACAUUCAGGAAAGACUUUCUAUUGACACCCAAAGAGCGUGAUAAAAUUGCAGAGGAAAUUAUCGAGGACGUUGUAGCUCACGAGCUCACUCAUCAGGUUUUCACCCUUAAAUUUUCGUCGAGCUAUAUUACAUGA